AUGAGUGGUACUACUCUUGAGUGGUUCGGCGCAACAACGUUCAGGCUGAAGACUCGGGGCCUGACAAUCUUUUUGGACACGUGGUUGGAAAAGCCUGAUGUGCUUCCUCACUAUCUGUCCAUUGAUCAAGUGACCGAGGCAGACUACAUCUUCAUCUCCCACGCACAUUUUGAUCAUCUUCCAGGGUGUGAUAGACUUGCCAAGCAGACAGGGGCGAUCGUCAUUGCGAACGGAGAAGCGAUCAAUACUCUCAGAGAGGCUGGUGUUAGCGAGGACCAACUCAUCCCAGUGGCUGGAGGCGAGCGCAUACCGUUAUUUACUAAAGCUACCCGCCUCGCUGCUCUUGAGGACGAGGUCGCGACUGCACCCGGACCGCCUGGCGCACCUAGACGCCCAGAAGACUCUCUCGCCACGAUGGCUGUACAUGCGUGGCCGAGUCUGCACUGUGUGUUGCCAGGUAAAAGCCACGCCGAUAUCCCGGAUGAGAUGAACACGGCCACAAGAUAUGAGGGAAGCAGUCCCUACGCAUGUACAAUCGACAUCACUAUAGGCAUGCGUUAUGGUUUGCUGCGGCUUAGCGAGCUUGUCUCGCCUGAAAACCUUGAUCAAGGAGAGAGAUCUUUCGCCGACUACGUUUCAAAGCGGGACGUCAACAUCAUGAGUAAUUUCGAUGGCGGACAGAUUAUGUUUUCGUUUUUGAUUGGAGAAAAAACUUUGCUUUGGAGCGCGCAUCUAGGAGCUUAUCGGGGAAUUCUAGAACGCCUCGAGCCUAAGCCAGACGUUCUUAUCCAGGCGAUUGCUGGUCGUGCGAAUAUUGACGGGCGACCCUACGACGGAAGCGCGGCAGAAGCUGCGACAAUGAUUAGUGAGCUUCUUGGCCAACCCCAGCAGAUCAUCUGGUGUCUGCAUGAUGAAGCUCCCAUCAAACCUUGGAGGAUCGACACUCGGGCAGCCACCAGCAUGGUAGAGAGUAAGACGAAGUCAAGAGUGUUGGAAUUGACACCUGGCGAAGCUCAAUAUCUUUUUGAUGUCUAA